AUGUUUUUGCUUCUCUUACUUUCAACCAUUUCAGCACUUUCAACUGGAUUAGAUGGCGGUAAAGAAUUAUGUUUGGGAGUCUAAGGAAAAAAAACAGCAUUAUUUUAAAUCUCUUUUGUAGUUUCUGGUUUCUAGGAAGACAAUAUUGAAAUGAAAGUUAAUUUUGAAUAUUAAAUUUUAGUUCUAUUCUCCAAGAAAAUCUCUUUUGAAAUCUAGUUUAAAAUAGAAGGAAGGCAAUUACAAAGAAAUAAUGACAGAUGAUGGAUAAUAUGAAGUUUGCUUCAAAUCUUUAGAUAAAUAUUAUAAAUUGAUUAGCUUUAAUUUUGAUUUUGUAGAAGAAAAUGAUUUGGCAUUGGCAGGUGAAUCAUUAUUUUAUAUGAAUAGAAACUAUGGAUUAAAUGGCUGAAGAUAUGAAAUAAGCUUAUAGAAGUUUAAAGACAAUCUAAAAUAAUUAACAUUAUUAAAACGAUAGAGAAAAUGAACAUCAAAGAAUGUUAGAAUCAACAGAGAAGAAAUUAUGGUGGUGUUCAGCCGGUAAGAUGGGAGCUUUAAUCGUGAUAUGCAUUUCUCAAAUUUAUAUGUUAACAGGAUACUUCAAAGGAAAAUCAUUUGGUCCAAAUGUUUGA